CGAGUUGGUCACAUUGCGCUGCUCGGAGCGAUUCGCAGAAGUUGAUAAAAAUGUUUUAAUUUGUGCGCAUUAAAAAGUGUUUGUUUUUAAAGUGUUUGUGUCGUGGAAAGUGUGUGUGUUAAAAGUGUAAUCUGAUUGUGCAAUUUGCAACGCGAAAUGCGAGCGUUCGAACAAAGAUGGCUGUUUUGCUGCUGCUGGCUAACGAUGGCGUCAGCGGCAGCAUACGCGACGUCCGUCGACGUCAUGGCAGCGCCAGCUGGAGUGGGGAGUGUUGUCGCUGCAGCAGCAGAGGCAGCUGCUUCGGGUAGCACAAUAACAACAACAACAACCAAUGCCAACAGCAAACAGUUGCCCGUUUGCAGUCGCAUGCUGCGUCAUGUGUUUGAGAAUGCAACGCCACGCGACGAACAGCAGGCGGGCAUCUUUGUGGAGUACAAACCGGAGGCGGGGCAACCCAUGGACGAGGAGUCGUAUCUGUGGAACUGUCUCGACGCAUGUUGCGAGAAAUCGCAGAACCAAACACAGGCUAAUCCCUGCAAUGUGGUUUUGGUGUUCAAGCGCAAGUGCUAUCACAUUCACUGCGUCAGCAAUGAGGCGUGUCUGCCCAAGCCACUUUCACGUGAACGCGAAAACGAUAAGGUGCAAAUGGUUUUAGUCAAUCCGGUGGGCGGCACAGCAGAGUCAGAGACUUGGACGCAGCUGCUCAAGGCUGCCAAGCAAACGGCCGAAGUGUUACCUUACGAUGCGGAGCUCAACUUUUGGAAGCAGCCACGUCGGCUACCUUUUCAAGACAGCAAUGCCUACGAUGACGAUGAUUUUCCCAUUGCGGAGAAGCGCAUGAAGCAACUGCUGAUGCAACAACAACAAACGGCGGAUGACAACGAUGAGGACUUGAGUUACUAUGGCGAGAAUGCCAAAUUCAUGACUUGCGACCUGGACACACCUUGUCCCCCGCAAGAGCAAUGUGUGCCACUUCAACCGAAUGCAGUCACCGGACUCUGCAGAUGCAAACGUAACUUUGUGCGCAACAAGCAGCUGAAGUGCGUCAUGCCAGCGGUGCCUUAUCGCGCCUACAGCAACGAAGCAGCCAUCGCAGAGGACGCACAAGAAGCGGCCGCUGCUGCUAGUGAAAUUGCGACAGAGGCGGUGUUGCCACCGCCUGCUAAGCAGGAAGCCAACAAAGCGAUUGUGGUGUCGGUGAUGUCAAAGGACGUUCAGCUGCCCGAACAAGAGGUCACCUUGGCGGCAUUCACAGUGCCCGACGAGCAGACAAGUGGCACGAAAUACAAAUACCUGUGGACACUGAUUUCACAGCCGAAGGGGCCGAUGAAUGGCACGAUAUCGGAUCAAAGCAAAUCCAAGGUGAAGUUAUCGAAUUUGUCCGAGGGUUUGUACACCUUCAAGGUGACAGUGACGGGAGACAAUGGCACCUUUGGCGAGGCGGCCGCCAAUGUCACAGUGAUGCCUGAAAAACGCAUUAAUCAAGCGCCACAGGUGAUUAUAUCGCCCAAGGAGCAGAUUAUACGACAGCCCACAUCGAAUGCGGUGCUCGAUGGCAGUCCGAGCACUGAUGAUGACAAGAUCAUUAAUUGGCACUGGGAAGUCAUCUCGGGACCGAUUGGUUAUCAACCUCAGCUCCCUGAGGUGAACACACUGCAGCUGGAUCUCACUUCGCCGGGCAAUUACACCUUUAAGCUGACCGUAACGGAUUCGAACAACGUGACCAACUCGACCACAGCCACGAUAGCAGUGCUCAAAGAGACGGACUAUGCGCCGGUGGCGAAUGCCGGCGAUGCCGUCAUCUUGUAUUUGCCCAACAAUAAUGUAACACUCAACGGCACAGCGAGCUCGGAUGAUCACGAAAUUGUGGCCUGGGAAUGGACGAAAGAUGCCAGCGACGAAGCCAAGGCUGUGGACAUGCAGAACACGAGAACUCCAUAUGUGCAGCUGUCCAAUCUGGAGGAGGGCAUGUACACCUUUGUGCUAAAGGUGACCGAUGGCAGCGGACAGUCGAGCACCGCCAAAGUGCAUGUGUUUGUGAAGCCGCCAACGAAUUCCCCGCCUGUGGUCAAAGCGGGCAUGAAUGUGACCAGCAAUUUGCCCGUCAACUGGGCACUGUUGAAUGGCUCCGAGUCCAAGGAUGACAUUGCCAUCAAGAGCUAUCAAUGGAAGCAGCUGAGCGGACCGAACAAUGCGAUUAUUUUGCAGGCCAACAGCUCGAUUGCCAAUGCCACAAGCCUAACGCUGGGACUUUAUGAGUUCGAGCUGAGCGUAGCCGAUGAGAACAACAAUAUGGCCAGCGACAGCACUUGGGUGAAGAUUGUGCAGGAACGCAAUGCGGCGCCUAUUGCUAAUGCUGGUGGAGAUCGAACCAUAACGCUGCCGGUGACAGCAAUUUAUUUGAAUGGCACGCAAUCGUCGGAUGAUCUGGCGGUGGUCAAGUACGUGUGGACACGUGAGGACAACAGUUUGGCAGCUGGCGUCAUUGUGGGCGACACCGACAAGCAGUCAGUUAUGAUUCUAACGAAUGUGGUGCAAGGUCGCUACGUCUUCAAGCUGACUGUGAGCGAUGAUCAGGGUUUGACUGGCACCGAUACAGUCAGCAUUAAUGUGCAUCCCGAUCCCAUGUUGCAUUACCUCGUGGAAAUGACGCUGCCCAUGGGAAUUUCGGUGAUAACCAAAAGUGAAUUGGACUCGACAGUGCAAAAGUUGCAACUUCUGCUGGGCGAUGACAACAAGAUUCAAAUCCGUGAACUCAAAUACGAUCUCCACACUGAGGCAGCUGUGCUCGUAUUUUAUGUCCUAGCCGAUGCGACGGUGAAAGGUGAACCAGCCAAGCCAGUGAAUGGGCUGCAUGUGGAGCGCUUGCUGCGUGCCAAACUCCAAAAGGAUGCCUCGAUACUCGGGGCACUCUAUGUGGACAUACGCACCACUGUCUGCCAGAAUAAUUGCUCGGGACAUGGACGUUGCAAUCCAUCGACACGAGCUUGCGAAUGCGAAGCAUUCUGGAUGCCCUCUGUGGGCUAUUUUAUCAACAACGACGAGGCCAAUUGUGAUUGGUCGAUUUUAUAUGUGUUUGUGGGCGUCAUUGCCAGCUGCCUGUUGCUGUCUGGCAUCUUCUGGGGCAUUGCGUGCGCCUGUCGCCAAAGCAAGAAGCCGCGAUUGCGUCAAAAGGUGCAAAAGUAUGCGCUGAUUGGCACACAGGACGAGGAGGCAGCCAAUUAUUCGCGUAACACUUCGUUGACUGAAUCGGAGACGGAUUCGGAUGUGCUCUUCGAGACGCGCUCGAAGAGUAAUGGCAUUGGCAAGCACAAAGGACACCACAGCAGCUCGCAUGGCAGCGGCAGCAGCGCAGGACGCGAUGGCAACAAAUUUGCAGUCACCAAAUUGGGGCGCAAGAUCAAGGCAUAGACACAGUUUGAAUGUGUGUGACUGUU